GUCAUUUCUGGUUGCACGGCCUGCCAAUCAAGAUACGUCGUCCAGUUUAUUCUUUCGGGUCGGGUUGAGGCUGUCCUGAUGGUUCUUCCCAUUGUAGCCAUUCUCUGAAGUAAAGUUCGAUUGAUGGAGUAUGUUGUAAUUGUUAUCUGGUUGCCAGGGCCAUUAUCGAUAUGACAAGCCCACAAGUUCAGGCCUUAACUUCAACUUUGUGUUAUUUCUCUUAAAGAACUUCUGAUGAUGUCCAUGGACUUUGACAGCGUGGCUUUGCCAACCCAACAUGAAGACGAGGAGUAUGACAGAGAAGAUUAUGAACGAGAGCAAGAGCUCCACCAGUUACUGAUGACCGGUCUUCCAGAUGACAUGCUGGAAGACAGCAGAGACAUUUCUUCUCCAGAAUUGAAUUACUCUGGCUGUCAUGUCAAUAAUGGUGUUGAACAAACCUGGGAACAGAAGAGAAAUUGGAAUGACCAGGAAGUAAGCAACAUUGCAGUGGAUAAAGAGAGUUAUUCUACUGAAUGUCCAGUAUACAAAGGACAGAAUGGACAUUUUAUUGCAAAUGAAAAUAUUUCUAAUGAAACCUUGGAACUAUACAAAGUGAAGUAUAACCCUUACCCUGCUGUUCAUCCACCUAAAGGGGCUUUUAACCCAGAUGAAACAAAAAGUUUAGACAACAGGUUUGAACAAAUGCAGAGCAAAUUCUUGGAUAGUGGGGAAGAAACACAUCAGUUUGCACAGUUACAGAUACUUUACAAUGCACGGGGAAGGCAGUUAGAGGAAAUGCAGCACAAACAGGAAGAGUUUGCCCGUGACAUCAGAUAUUUGAAUCACCAGCUUGCAAUGACAAAAGGUGAAAAAGAUGGUGUAGCUAUUAGUUGUCAGGAGUUGCAGAAGUUACUUCAAGAUGCAAAAGAACGUGAAGUUCAGCUGGAAGGCCAAAUUAAAGCAUUGGAGUCCAGAGUUCAAGACUUGAGUGCCAGUGAGGAAGAGGCGAUAAAGAACGAGAAGAUUGCUGAGGCAGCCAUGGAAAGUAUGCAACAACAGCUGUCUGAGCUCAGUCGCUCAGAAUCUCUCACUCGUGUCAAAGAGCAGCAUGAAACUAUAAUUUAUGCACUCAAGCAGAAACAUGAGGAAUCAAUCUUGGUCAUGCAGCAGUCACUUGGUGCAACAAGCAUUGCUUUGGAAGAACAGCAAGAGAAUUGUAAGCAACUUCAGGAACAAGUCAAACAGUUGGAAAGACAACAAGAAGCAGCUAAGUUGGAGAAAGCAGAAAUAAUUAAUGGACUGACUCGAAGUUUAGAAGCAAGUCAGCAGCAGUGCAGAGAUUUAUUGCAAACAGGUUCAGUGCAGGAGAUCGCUCAGCUUCGGAUCCAAGUUCAGCAAGUUCAUUCUGCCAAGAACAUAAGUGAUAGCAUGAACAAAGCUUUACAGGAAGAACUAGCUGACUUGAAGGAACAGAUUACUUUUUAUGAAUCUGCCGCUAAGAUUAGCGCUCUUACUAAAGAUGUGGCAGAAGAAUUAGAACUUCCGUUAUCAGAUUCCUAUAUGGAUCUUGCUAUCAAGAAUGGGAAAUGGAAAAUGCCCAGGUUCCCAAGCUCAAUACAGCAAGGUGGCUCUGAUAAAGUGUUGUCUAAGGAUGAGAUAAUAAUGGAACUGAAGUCUGAACUGGAGCGAGCACUCAGCAACAUAAGGACAAAACGUCAUCAAGUGACUCAGCUUCAGCAUGAAAGUAAAGAAAGUCAAAAGCAAACAGCUGAGAUUAAGGAGCAGUUGCAAAAUGCUGAAAAAAUGGCAAGAAGCCAUGAGGUACGAGCCAGCACAUUGGAAAAGCAACUGGAAGCAUUAAGACCCUGCUCAUCCAACUCCGAAAAGGCUCUUCAAGAAGAAGUUGACAAGUUGCGAUGUGAGAACCAGGCUCUACGCAAAGAAAUUGAGGAUAAACAGCAGCAGAUUGAAAAAUUAAUUGACAGUGAGAAGCAAUUUAAAGAAGCAAACCAGGAAUUGUAUAAUGAGAUGCGGCAGAUGAUUCAGGACUUUGACCAAGAUAAGCAAGAGGCAAUUGACAGAUGUCAGCGAAUUCAUCAGCAGCAUCAUGAGGAUUCUAAAUGUCGACUUCAGCAGGAGUUGCAGGAACAACAUGAAUUGGAGAAAACACAGCUGACUCAGUUCUAUAAACAGCAGAUCAUGCAAGUAAAUAAUCACUUGGAGCAAUUGAACCAUGAGAUGUCUGGCGUGCAGGAAUGCUACAUUACCAUCUGUAAAGAGAAGGAUUCAUUGGAAAGCAAGUUGAGGGAAGAAAUGUCGCUCAAGCUGAUAACAACUGAACAGGAAAUGAAAAAGGCAUUUUCUGAAGAAAUGAGGAAACAUUUGAGUGAGCUUCAGGCUGAGCUGGAAGAAAAGCACAAAACUCUAAUGGUGGCUGCAAAAAACAAAUGGAUGUUGGAAAAAGAAACUGAUAUUGGGCAACAAGUUGAGAAGCAUGUUGCAUUGGCCAAAAUACAGUGGCAGGAGGAACAACAAAAAGUCAAAGACCAAGAAAUGCAUGACGUUGAAACAGAAUGGCAGCUUCGUCUCCGUGAGACUGCGGAAGCAACCAAACAAAAAACUUCACCUCCGGUGGAUGAAAUUUGUCAAACUGAAGAGUCCACUGGUACCAGAGUUUAUACUUGCCAAGAAUUAGAAUCGCAGCUCGCAGAUUUAAAAAUAACGUUGGAGUGUCAAGCUAAGGAGGAAAAAGUAAUGGCAGUUGGGGAGGCUUUAAAACAACUUGAACUGGAACUGCAGAAGAAGCAUGAAGAUAAUGUGGUUGAACUGGUUGAAACAGCAUUAGCAAAUGCACGUUGUCGUUGGCUAGAAGAAUUGACUAACCUGCCUGAAUACAGAGCCAAUUUACAAAUUGAAGAGAAGAAAUGGGAGGCAAAAUAUGAACAAUAUGUGGCAGAACAGGUAGCUACAGCAGUGAAAGCAAAUGAUGAAAAAUGGAAGAAACAUACUUUGAAGGAAAUUGAGAAAAUGGAGUCCAGUGUUAAAACUUCAGAGCUGCAGGAAAGGACCGUUGUUCUAGAGCGCAAAUUAAAACUUGAGAAAGAAGAGGCAGCAGCAGUUGUUAAAGCUGAAUUAGCAAAAGCUCGAACUCAAUGGAACAAAGCAAAACAAGUAGAGAUUAAUAGAAUUCAUGAACUAAAUGAACAGGAUUAUCAAGCCUUCCUAGCAGAGCAUCGAAAUAAACUCAGUAAAGUCCUUAAAGAAGCUAAAGAAGACUUUACCCGGCAGAAGAAUGAAUUGAUUGCACAAAAGGAGGCAGAAUUCAAUCUGCGGCUCUCAGAAAAGCAAAAAGAAUGGUCAACUCGUAGAGAGGAGCAGAUCAAUUUUGAAAGACAGCAAUAUGAAGCUGAACUUGUUGCUGAAAUUGAACGUUUUUUGCGUGAUAUCUCAAAACACUUUGGAAAGUCUAAACCUGCAUGCCUCAGAGCAGAGGAAUAUUCUAACACUGCCAAAUCAACGCAUGACCAGUUUGUUGAAGUAAAGGACCAUCUCCAGAGAGUUUGCACUGAAAUGGUUGAAGAGAUCCUUGAAACUCAGAAAGAGGAGGACAAAUUGGAUUUACAGAAUGCAUUAAGUGAAUGUGAAAGACAACAUGAGGAAUACAAAGCAGCAAAGGAAGCAGAGCUUAGAAAACUUGAAUCAUCUGAACUUCAACUUAAACAAGAAUUUGAACGUUUACAGUAUAAGCUGAGAAGCUUUGCACAACAAAACCUAGUUUCUGGAAAGGAAACCUUAAGUCCUGAAUACCAGCCAUGUGAUGAACAAUGCAGACAGCAAACACAGAAAUUACAACAGGAAUGUCAACAGCUCAAGAAAAAGCUGGAGAAAGUAUGUAGGCAGCUUCAGCAAACUGUUCAUGAGCAUAGUAUUGAAGUCCAGCAUCUCAAAGAGGAACAUCAAAGAACCAUAAAUAUUUUGCAAAAUAAGAACGACUGUCUCGUGAGAAGACUUAAAGAAAGUGAAUCAACUGACAGUAAAACAAAUUCUUGUUUACAGGAAAAUUGUAACCCUGAGAAUUCAUGCAAGUUGAUCUCUGCAAAAGGAUUAGAAGAAAUUCGGUGUCAGUAUUUGAGAGCUGUGGACAAAAUCAGAGGAGACAUGAUGCGUUAUAUUCAAGAAAGUAAGAAGCGAGCAGCUGAAAUGAUUCGUGCAGAGGUAUUGAAGGAACGUCAACAAACCGCACGGAAAAUGCGGAAAUAUUACUUGACUUGUCUCCACCAACUCCUAGUAGACGGUGGGAACAAUGAUGGUGCUGAAAAGAGGAUCAUGAAUGCUGCUAGCAAGUUGGCUGCAAUGGCCAAAGCUUUAGAAACUCCUCUUCCAAAUCGAAAGCGUGACAAAGCUGAAACCCUGACAGCCUGUCCAAAUAUGAAAAGUUCAAAACAAACUCCAGUGAUUUCUGAGAACGAUCAAGAGACCAGUGGAUCAACCCAUGUGCGGGCAAAUCAUGUUGAGAAACCAUCUUCCAAUGAAGACCAGGUCCAGAAAUUCAAAAAGCACACAACAGGCACAGUAUUUAUGCCACGUAAUUUGAACAAUAAUUUAUAUGGUGCAACUGCAGAGAAUGGCAUUUCAGAUGAAGAAUUACCUACAAGUUAUAAACAAGUUAACAUUCACAAAAUUAAAGAAACAUCUGAUAUUUUACAAAAAGACACUGCUUUGUUUUAUGAAACAAAAGAUGGUCAUCAGUUGAAUGAUGCGAUGUCAAAAUCUGAGUUUCUCAAAACUGCAAAUCUUGCACAUUUUCAGAACUUAGCCAAGUACCCUUCCCAAAUGUGCAACAGCAAAGCCCCGACAUUGAAUUCUAUUGAUAGUCAUAAGGACAGAACAUCUCUGCAAAUGGCGUGCAAUCAGGAUUGUGUCUUGCCUGCAAAAGCUUAUAUACAUAAUUCAGAAGUAUAUGUCUGUUCCAAACCUAUGACCAGGGCACCAAAUAAUGCACAAACUCCUGAAAGAGAUGGUGAUUUUGUUACCCAUCUUGAAGCCAUCAGGCCUUGUCAAAUGGACACUUUUAAUUUUAGGCAAGCUGGAGGAAAAGUAUGCCAUGUAGAAGAUUGUAGCACGCCUAUAAUGUGCAACGAGUCUAGUGGCACCUCCAAGCCACGGUCAGCUACAAAUGGUGCUCCACAAAUGUCACCUUCCAUUUCCUCUGUAACUUCUGAAAUUAGCUCUCUUUCUGAUGGAGAACAUGCUUGCUUUUCAAGUAAAACAAUUCCAUUUGUGUCAAGAAUAGACGCCAAACAAAUGGAAAAUGUUGCAGAAAGCACUAUUUCUGCUAUUAACCGGGAUCCAUUGAGGACAAAGACAAAGCCUCCUAAAUGUAUUGAGUGCACUGAGCUUGAACAGGAACUAGCACUGAAUGGCUGGACAGCAAAGAUGAACAAACUUUCCCAUCAGAAGUAUCCAUCACAUUUGAUCUCUAAUACAGACAUUAUUCAGCAGGACAGUGGAUUUGACAGUCCAUUUUUUCAUUAGUCAAUAAGUGCAAUGUUACAAACAAAUCCUUCAUUUUUCAGAUACCUUUAAAUGUCACUGAACUAAUUAUAUGAGCUGUUUUCAUUUAUCUGUCACUGGUAUUAAGGAUUCAUGAUUUUUGCAUAAAUUAUGCCUGAUGUAAAAGGUUUGUAAUUUAAAAAGUUGCACAUAUAUUUAUGUUUCUGAAAACUAUUUUUGUACCUCAGACUGAUUUGUUUUCCUGUUUGGUCUGUAUGUUUAGAUGUUUUUUGCAGAUAAAAUUUUUAUUUUGAU